CCGCAGGAAGUCGUGAUGAAGGAGAAAAGCAAGAAUGCGGCCCGUUGGCGGCGCGAGAACGAGAAUCGAGAAUUUUAUGAGCUCGCGAUGCUGUUGCCGCUUCCGAUAGCGAUCACCACGCAACUGGAUAAGGCCAGCAUUAUUCGAUUGACGACCAGUUACUUGAAGAUACGAGCGGCGUUUCCACACGGUUUUGGAGACGAAUGGGGCGCCGUCCCGCCACCCAUCAACCCCCUGGAAACUGCCAUCAAGGAGCUCGGCAGUCAUAUAUUGCAAACCCUGGACGGUUUCAUAUUCGUCGUGGCGCCCGACGGGAAAAUUAUGUACAUAAGCGAAACGGCCAGCACGCACUUGGGACUAGCGCAGGUGGAGUUAACGGGGAACAACAUUCUCGAGUACAUCUAUCCUGAUGACCACAAAGAGCUGGCUUCGGUUUUGUCGCUUCCGCAGGGCCCAGUGGGACUGUCGGGCUUCACUUUACCGCCGCCGAACUCGCGAGGCGAGAUCGACCUGGAACGUGCCUUCACUCUGAGGAUGAAAUGCAUCCUGGCGAAGAGGAACGCAGGCCUAGUCACGGAAGGAUACAAGGUGAUACACUGCUCCGGCUACCUGAGGUGCGUGUUGGAAGGACCAGUCGGAUCGGAGUACGAGGUCGGUGCCGAGAAGCAACUUCGGAAUGUUGUAUUAGUAGCGCUCGGCCAAUCCUUGCCGACACACUCGAUAACGGAGGUGAAAUUAAACCAGAACAUGUUCAUGUUCCGUGCAUCGGUGGAUCUGAAGCUAAUAUUCGUCGACACGAGGGUGACGCAAAUGACCGGAUACAACCCUCCCGAUCUGAUCGAGAAGACUCUGUAUCAGUACGUGCACGCUAGCGACGGCUUUCACCUGAAAUACAACCACGUAGUGUUGAUGAACAAGGGCCAAGUGGUGACCAAGUACUACAGGUUCCUGACGAAAUCAGGCGGAUGGGUGUGGGUGCAAUCGUACUUCACGGUCGUCCAUAACUCGAGAAGCUCCAGGCCCCUCUGUAUCGUCUCCGUUAACCACGUGUUAACGGAACGAGAGUACAAGGAUUUGGUGCUCAGUACCGAGCAGAUAUCCUCUUGCCCCAGUCCUGGGAACCCUACCACCACGUCCAUGGAGACACCAACCGCUAGCGGAGGCGCGAAUGAUUUGGACAAACACAGCCUCAGCCCUCCCGCGUAUCGGAACAGGACCAAGGAAUCCCCUGAUAAUCAUUACACGGAUGUGACUGCUUAUCCGAAUCCAGAAUACAUUGGCUCAAACAAUCACAAUCAUUAUCUGCCGUCGCCUUACGCGACGCAUGCGGUGAACGGGAACGCUCACGAGGAUGGAUCGUACUACAACCCUGAUUUAUUUUACCAAUACGGAGACAUGCAUCAAGACCCUCUUGCAUCGGUCCAGCAGCAACCUGAAUCGCAACAUCAGCAUCUACUACACCACGCCAGUUCCCUGACGAAUUUACAGCAGCACAGCCCGCAAAAUGCUCAGCAAGAACGUCAACAUCCCCCUCAUCUUCUCCAUCAUGCGACAUCGUUGACGAGCCUACAACAGCAACAGCAGCACAGCCCCCAAAGUGUCCAACAGAAGAGACCUUACUCGACCUCGUCGAGUUCCUGCGGUAGCACGGACGCCAUGGAUAAUCAUUUACCGAGUCCGCUGAGUCUUCACUCUCUACCGCCCGUCUGUCAUCCCCAGCACCGACACCAUAUGCCUGACCCCGCGAUCUCGAGCUUGAACGAAGGCGUGAUCAUGUAUCCGAAUUGCGGUUUCAACAACAACGACACAUACAACCCUCCUGGUAGCCUACAACACCACGAACCACCGUAUCCCCCGCAUUCUGGGCACCAUAACACGAACAAUAAUCCCGUGAAGCAUACCCAUCAUCACGUGGAACCAACCGCGGCGGGUUACACAAGCGUGAUAGUCGAUUCCCAGCAGAUUCGUGACGCGACUGGACACACGAAUAAUCGUCGAAAUAACCUGGAGAAUCGUUUGAACGUCGAUGAUUGUCCUGAUCUCGGGGUCGAGACGCAACAAUACGGUAACGUGAUCGAGCCACAAGACGGUGGACAGGUGCAUCAGGUGAGUGCCGGUUUGAGGACGUACACGCCAGUGGCCCCUGUUGCUUACGUGACUCCGUACAAUCAUUUGUGUCGGGGGAUGAGGGUGGAAUGA